UCCACGCUCCCCCCCCCCCCCAGCAGAGGGGCGGUGGCCGAGCUGGCUACUCCGAGCGCAUUGACGGACAGAGGGACAGAGAGACAGGGGGACCGGCAGGCACACGUCCAGGCCAUGCCAGGGGAGGCUGCGCGCGCUGAAUUGCCGCUGCCUGAGGCAGGAGGGCCAGGAUCCCGCACAGAUCUCUCAUGUGACGCAGCCAUUGCCACCAUCCUUAAAGGGGACCAACGGGAGCCCCAUGCCCUGACCCCGGGGCCUAGCCCUCUGGCCCUCACAUUCCUGUCCAGCAAGCCAGGUGCCCGGCCCCAACCUGAGGGAGCCAGCUGGGAUGCAGGGUCGGGCGGGGCUGCCUCAACCUGGGCGGACCAGGCAGAGGGCGGCCCAAAUCCAGGGGUCCUCCCUGAGGGCCUGCCUCUCCAGCCUUUGCCUGCUGAAGUCUCUCUUCCCACCACCCUGGAGCCCCGCAUCGUGAUGGGUGAGGAGACAUGCCAGGUCAUCCCUUCACCCAGGGCAGCCUGGCCAGUGCUCAGGGACCCGGCGGGUGGGCACAUGGCCCUGCACCCACCUCCGGAACUAUGUUCUCAGGGUGAUUCUCCUGUGCCUUCCCCUCCCCCUGACCUCGAUUCCUACUUCACACCCCCCUCCACUCCCACCAAGACCACCUAUGCCCUGCUCCCUGACCAGGGGCCCCACGGGGAUGCCUGGGACCUGGAGGCCGAGCUGCUGGAUGAGUUACUGGACUCCACGCCAGCUUCGCCCUCGGGCUCCUACAUCACAGCAGACGGGGGCAGCUGGGCCUCCUCACCUUCGUGUUCCCUCAGCCUGCUGGCCCCAGCUGAAGGGCUGGACUUCCCCUCCGACUGGGGCCUCUCCCCAUCAGGCUCUGUGGUGGAUGAACUGGAGCCACACCCCACAGGCCCUCCCGAGCCUCCCUCCUCUGAGUCUAGCCUCUCAACCGACAGCAGCUCUUCCUGGAGCCAAGAGGGCCAUUUCUUUGACCCAGCCUUCUUGGCCAACGACCCGAUGAUCCCUGCCGCCCUCCUACCCUUCCGGGGUAGCCUCAUCUUCCAGGUGGAAGCCGUGGAAGUGACUCCACUGCCCCAAGAGGAGGAGGAGGCGGAGGAGGAGGAAGAGGUAGCUGCUGGUGCUGCCACCCCGGAUGGAGACCUGGCUGGAGAGGGUGAGGACCACAGCACAUCUGCCUCCUUCCUGCAGUCACUCUCUGACCUGUCCAUCAUCGAGGGCAUGGACGAGGCCUUCGCCUUCCGGGAUGACACCUCGGCAGCCUCCUCUGACUCGGACUCAGCUUCCUAUGCGGGGGCAGAUGACGACAGGCUGUACAGUGGGGAGCCCCAUGCCCAGCCCAGUGCCCCGACUACAGAGCAGGAGCCCAGAAGCAGGGCCGCAUUUCAGGGGACGGAGUUCACGCCUCGGAUUUCAGAGCAAGAGACCCGUCUUAGCAAUAGCCAGGAAUCGAUUGCAGAAAUAGUAGAAGAGGCCCUAGCUUUAGAUAUAGAGUCCGAAGCUACCGUGACUCCUCCCGAUCGGCGAGCAGCUCCAGGCUCCCAGGUGGAGGAGGCUACCACAGUAACCCCUAGGGUGGGGAAGGAAGACGUUGACUCAGUUGCUCAGCAAGCACCCAGGGCACGGCCUCAACCCUGCCAGAAGGGGAGGAGAACCACUUCAGGCUGUAAGCCUGCCACUGCAGAGUCCAUUCCAGAUCUGCAGGAAGAAGCAAGGCCCACCUUGUGUCCGGUCCUUCCUUGUAACUUGAAGGAAGGAGGCCAGGGCCUUCCCGCUACACUGGAGUAUGUAGCUGUGGCUUCAGUGAGGCCCCAGGAGGCUGAGGGAGGUGUUACAAUACCCCAGGACUCCCCUAAGCCAUUACCCCCAUUCUUGCACUAUGCAGACCCCUCCUCAGACCCAGAGUCUGUGGCUGUAGUCAGUCUGGGGCUCCAGAGGGAUGAGGAAUGUGUCAUAGCAUUGCAGGAUGUCCCUGGGGCAUCACCUCCACCCCUCCAAAGUACAGAUCCCACCUCAGGCCCAGAGUCUAGGGCCAUGGCUACAUUUGAGUUCCAACAUGCUAAGAAAGGUAUCACAGAAUCCCAGGACUCCCCUGUGGCAUCAUCAUCCCUACCCCUGCAAGGCUCAGAUCCCACCCUAGACCCAGAACCUGAGGCUGUGGUCACAUUAGGGGCCCAGCAGGAUGAAGGGAUUGUCCCAGCACCCCAGGACUCUCCUACAGCAUCAUCCCCACCCCUGCAAGGCUCAGAUCCCACCCUAGACCCAGAACCUGAGGCUGUGGUCACAUUGGGGGCCCAGAAGGAUGAAGGGAUUGUCCCGGUACCCCAGGACUCUCCUAUGGCAUGUCUACCCCUGCAAGGCUCAGAUUCCACCUCAGACCCAGAACCUGAGGCUGUGGUCACAUUGGGGGCCCAGCAGGAUGAAGGGAUUGUCCCGGUACCCCAGGACUCUCCUAUGGCAUGUCUACCCCUGCAAGGCUCAGAUUCCACCCUAGACCCAGAACCUGAGGCUGUGGUCACAGUGGGGGCCCAGCAGGAUGAAGGGAUUGUCCUGGUACCCCAGGACUCUCCUAUAGCAUCAUCCCCACCCCUGCAAGGCUCAGAUUCCACCCUAGACCCAGAACCUGAGGCCGUGGUCACAUUGGGGGCCCAGCAGGAUGAAGGGAUUGUCCCGGUACCCCAGGACUCUCCUAUGGCAUGUCUACCCCUGCAAGGCUCAGAUCCCACCCUAGACCCAGAACCUGUGCUUGCUGCCACAUCAGGACCACAGCAGGCCGAGGAGGGUGUCACCAAACCCCAGGUGGCCCUAGUAGCAUCACAUUUACCCCUGCAAAGCUUGGGUUCAACCUCAGACCUCCAGCCUGUGGCUGCAGCCACACCAGGGUCCCAGCAGGCUGAAGGCCUGAGUGCUAGAGCACCCCAGGACGCCCCUGUGACGGCACCUCCAUCCCUUCAAGAUACAGACUGCACCUCAGACCCAGAGCUGAUAGUCCAAGACACCUCUCAGACACUGCAGAGAGAAACAGACUACGCCCCAGAGACUAACCCUCCAGCCUCUGGGGUCCAUCAGGAAUUAGGUGUGGCCUUAGGACCAAAGUCAGUGCCUGAGCAAGAUGCAGAGUCCUCUCUAGACCCGGCACCCGCAGCUUCAAACAAAGCUCAACAGAAUGGCUCAGAGCCAGCUGUGAAAGCUGACAGCUUCGGGGCUCCGGAAGAGUCACGCCCCACCUUGAGCACAAAGAUCUCUGAGCCCACAUCUUGGAUGGGAGAGAAAGGAGCUGAGAGCGUAUCUGCACUCAAGCAGAGAGCCUGUCUUGAAGCCCGUGAUGGGGUCAAGACCCACUCACCUCAAAGAGAGGCCCCAGGGGCCAAGAACAAGCAGGGUAGAGGCCCCAAACGACCAGGGCAAGGAAAUGGGUCCAAGUCAGUAUCCCAAGGUGCAGGGGAGACUUCCAAGACACAUUCUGCUGCAUGCUCUGAGGUCAGUCAGACACAGUUGAGCUCAGCUGGAGAGGGGAGAGGCCUGAGCAGCAAGGACACCUUGGGCCCCGGGCUUCCUGUGGCUCUAUCUGUACAAGCUAGGCUAGGUUCCUGCUCAGAGUCCCCAACCAGGACCACAUGCACGCUGAGCAGAGUCCACUCUGAAGAGACUUCCAGGUCUGCGGCAGCCUUCCAGCACCUGGAGCCUGUGCUAGGCCUGGGUAAUAGAGAUCAGCCCCAGAUGACCCCAGGUGCCCUUAACCCUUCCCCAGCACGCUCGGCCAGUGGCCUGCCUACCACACCCCAGAAUAGGUUCCUAGACCCUGACCCUUCUGCUCCCAGUGCCCUUGACAGGGCAUCCCAGACAUCCCCAGGACCCCCAGCACCCUGCCUGUGCCCCACUCCCCAGAAAGUCUCUGUGGAAGAGGAGCCCCCAUCCUCUCGUGGUCUGAUGCCUCGGGCAGGAGCCCAGGGAAUGGCUACCAUUUCCACCUCAGGAUCCACAAAGCCUCUGGGGGCCCGGCAUCGUGUCAGCCUCUCUCCUCAUUCCACCCUCAACCCCAAGGCGACCCCCACAGAUGCCAAAGACCUGGCUUGCAUCAUCUCAAGCCCCUGCCAAGUGCCUCCUCCCUCUGGGACCCAGAACCCAUCUGGCCCUCGAGGGUUCCUAGCUCGUGAGCAAGAAGAGGAUGAGGACAGCCUAGAGGAAGACUCACAGAGGGCCCCAGGCUCCGGGCAGCAUUCGGACAGCCACGGGGAGUCGUCCGCUGAGCUGGAUGAGCAGGAUACGCCACCUCAGAAAGUGCAGUGCACAGCACAGGGCCCCGCGGGCAGCAAUGAGGAGACCAUUGCCAAAGCCAAGCAAAGCCGCAGCGAGAAGAAGGCUCGAAAGGCAAUGUCGAAACUGGGUUUACGGCAGAUUCAGGGAGUCACCAGGAUCACCAUCCAGAAGUCCAAGAACAUCCUGUUUGUCAUCGCCAAGCCAGAUGUCUUCAAGAGCCCCGCCUCAGACACCUAUGUGGUCUUUGGUGAGGCCAAGAUCGAGGAUCUGUCCCAGCAAGUACACAAAGCUGCAGCAGAGAAGUUCAAGGUGCCCUCCGAGUCCUCAGCCCUGGUCCCCGAGUUGGCACCUGGACCCCGGGUGAGGCCAGAGUGUGAGGAGCAGGAGGAGGAAGACGAGGAGGUAGAGGAGGCUGGACUUGAACUUCGUGACAUUGAGCUGGUGAUGGCCCAGGCUAAUGUGUCCAGGGCAAAGGCCGUGCGGGCACUGAGGGACAACCACAGUGACAUUGUCAAUGCCAUCAUGGAACUGACGAUGUAGCUACCGACUGCAAGCUCGGGCCGUCCUGCCUCUCCCCAGCUCUGUUGCCCAAUAAAUCAGUGUCAUAUCAUCA